AUGGCAGAACAGAAAGGGACGGAGCAGCCCAACGCCGAGGUGACCGCAAUGGUGGAGGCUGCGGUGAAGGAAGAGAGGGAGCGAUGGGAGCGCGCCAUGGCGACAUCGAGCAUGGUCAGCGAAGAGAGUGCCAAGAGGGUGGAAGAGCUGACGGAGCAGCUGUCUUCCAUGAGGGAGAAGAUGAAAGCGCUGGAGGAGGACCAUGAAAGGAAGUUGAAGGAGAGGGAGCAAGAGCUGGUCUCGUCCAAGGAGGAGGAGAUCAAGAGGAUAAAGAUUGAGUGCAUCGAGCGGGAGAAGAAUGCUGCCAGGCGAGCGAAGGAGGAGCAUGAGAACAACAUCAAGCUCGAGAGGCAGGCGACGGGGAAGGCUCUCGAGCAGCACGAGCAGGACCUGGAAGAGAAGUUCCAGCUGAGGAUGAAGGAGGCGAUGAUGUCAAAAGAGCAGCUGCAGCAGGAGCUGCAGAGCGCGCAGGAGCGCAUCGCUGCCUUGGAGGCGCAGGCGGAGAAGGAGAACGAGGAGAUGGUUGCUAAGUACAAGGAGCAGGUGAAGAGGGAGAAGGCUCGGUCGAGGAAGAGCGAGAAGAACCUUGAGGCGGCGCAGUUCGAGGUGGAGCAGCUGAAGAGGAAGCUGGCGGAAAAGAACAAGUUGCAGUUCCAGGGAUCGUUUGAGGACAUCUCCCGUGAGUCCCCCGAGGUAGCGAAGCUGCACAAGCAGAUCGAGGCCUACAAGAACGAGACCAAACACCUCAGGCUGCAGAUCGACGCGCGCAACCCUGAGAAGCUGGUGGAGUUUGAAGGAAAGCUGAAGAUGCAGGGGGAGGAGCAGGAGAAGCUGAAGGAGGAGAUCAAGACGCUGAAGACGAUCAUGAGCCGGCAGGAGAGAAUCAUCCAGGCGAACAAGGACAUCGACGCAGAGUACGCCAACAAGAUUCAAAGCUUCGUCGGGGACUUGCAAAUCUCAAGGGAGGAGACGCGGCGGGUGAAGGAAAAGCUUGAGAUCGCUGAGAAGGCGCUCAAGUCGCGUCAGGCGAUCGAAGAGCAACUGAGGCAGCGAGCAGAGCGAGCGGAGAAGAAGUGCAAGGCAGCCGAGGCGAAGGUGAAGGAGGCGAAGAACAGCAGUGGGGAGGGCGAGCCGGUGGCUGCCACCGCCUCCCCCGGGGUAUCGAGCGAGCAGGCGGAGAUGAUGCAGAAGAAGCUCAGCACGAUCGAGGCAGCACGAGAGUCGGACAAGAAGCUGCACAAGUUGAAGCUGAAGGAGAAGGCGGAGCAGAUGAAGGCGUUGCAGGAGCAGGUCGACAUGAAGGAGGCGGCCCUGCAGAGCAAGGUCAACGAGAACCGAGCGCUGAGCCUGCAGGUUGCGGAGCUGCAGAGGAAGGUGCACGGGAAGGCUCAGGAGGAGAGCGCGAGCCCGAUGAGGGAGGACAAGCACAAGGCGAGCAGGAACGGGGGCAAGCACGGAGAGUCGGACAAGUUGCGGGAGGAGAGCACGAAGCUCAAGGCAGAGAACGAGCAGCUCAGGAAGAAGGAAACGAAGUUGGAGAAGCAGGUGGAAGACCUCAAGUCAGAGCUGUCGGAGAAAGAGUACGAGCUCUCCUCAGCAAAGGACGAGUUAGAAGAGCUCAAGAAUGAAGUAGAAGCCCUCAAGGAAAAGCUCAACUCUACUUCUGUCAAAGACAAGCCGGCCAAGACCCCGACGUCGCUCAUGGAGAUGGCGGAUCAGCACGCGCUGCUGCCCCCAGAGGCUCGUUCCCGCCAUCGGUCCGUGAAGAGCAGAGGUCGCAACGGGGAGCAGAAGGGGGAGUCGGUGAUGAAAGUGCUGGGGGACGACGAGGGGAAGGUGGAUACGACGAGCAACAGCGUUGACAUGGAGGAGAGCAUCGAUGUGGAUGGUGCAAGGGGGGAGGAGACGCUGGACGGGAGCCUGGUGGAGGAGCUGAUCAUGCAUGACGAGGCAUGACGGGACAUGUGCUGCUAGGCUUCUGUUGGUACAGUACGUGACAUGCU